AUGUUGGAGUGGGUUCCGAGUUUACACGAACAAGCCGGCAGUUUUAACGACUCUCACUGGCUGAGAGCGAUAUGCUUUGGCCAAGCCCCUGGAAAGUGCCAGAAUGGAGGGACUUGUGUAGGCAUCGACAAGUGUGAAUGUCUUGUAGGCACCAAAGCUCCAACCUGCGAAGCUGUAUGCUAUGGAGAAGAACCUGGAAAGUGCAGUUUUGGUAACAAGUGUAUAAGCCCCGAUAAGUGUGACUGUAAAGAAGGAUUCUCCCAACCUGACUGUGCAGACAUCGACGAGUGUGUUGAUCCUGUAGUGAACACGUGUGAACAGCUGUGUGUAAACUCCCCGGGUUCCUUCAGAUAUUUGGAUGAAUGUGCCAACUCCAAUGGUGGUUGCUCUGACACGUGUGAGAAUGACAUUGGCUCUUACCGAUGCACGUGUUUCCCUGGCUACGGCGUUGGCAAGGAUCAGAAGACUUGCGAAGAUGUGGACGAAUGUAGAGUGAGCGAUGGGGGUUGUUAUCUCUCAUGCAUUAACGCGAUAGGCUCAUAUCGGUGUGAAUGUGGUCAUGGCUACAGCUGGGAGGCUGAAAGCGCCUCCUCGGUGUGUUUCGGAGGAGAGCCGGGUGUUUGCCAGAACGGCGGAACCUGUAGCAAUCCAGGUAUCUGCGCAUGUCCGUCAGGCUUCCAGCCCCCGCAAUGUACAGACAUCAAUGAGUGCAACACUCCAGCGAUCUGUCAGCAACAGUGUAACAACCUUGUGGGAAAUUACAAAUGCACGUGUUUCCCGGGAUACGAACUUCAGGCUGAUCAAUCAUGUGAAGAUAUUGAUGAGUGUAAGACUGGAGCGGCCGUGUGUGAGAAAUCCUGCACCAACUUGGACGGCUCUUAUGAAUGUGAAUGUGAGGCACAGUUCGGCUGGCAAUGGGAAACCCUCUCCUGUAAACCCGUAUGUUUCGGCGAAUCGCCCGGCUCGUGCGCCAAUGGUGGUCAGUGUCUGUCACCAGAUAACUGUGCCUGUGAAGAUGGUUUCGAACAACCAAGGUGUGAUGAUAUUGACGAAUGUGCGGUAUAUAACGGUGGUUGUGAGUUGGCAUGUCUGAACAACGUCGGCUCAUACUCCUGUGAGUGUGCUGCAGGAUAUACCUGGGUGACCAUCACUGAGACGUGUGCACCUGUGUGUAACUUGAUGAAGGCGGGCACCUGUCCUCACGCUGGGGUCUGUAUAGAGCCUGAUGUCUGCCAAUGUGCUAAGGGUUACGGCGGCAAAAUGUGCUCGGACGUGGAUGAGUGUAGCGAGGGCGUGGCCAGCUGUAACUACUACAUGUGCCACAACACACCUGGCUCUUAUUACUGUGACUGCGACGAUGGCUAUGCGUGGAAUGAAAAUCGACAGGCCUGUUUGGAUAUUGACGAAUGUUCUGGAGAUCAUGGCUGUCAGAGUAGUUGUAUCAACACUGACGGUGGCUACUAUUGUGGCUCAACAACCCCUGGGUACGGAAGGCUUCCGGACAGUGAUAAAGAUUUGGCCAUCUGCUUUGACCUUCUUCCUGGAGAAUGUCCUAAUAAAGGGACCUGUGUCAAACCGGAUGUGUGCAAUUGUCCCAUCGGGUACUCAGCACCCAGAUGCGAUGUCACUGACGAUUGCAUUGGGAACAGUGCCAAAUGUCCCGAAAGUCACACAUGUGCCUCCGCUGGGGGGAAAUUUUACUGUAAAGGACAGGAGGGCUAUGGACAGAGCCCCGGACAGAAGAUUAAUAAGCCUAUUUGCUUUGGGAUGUAUCCUGGUGAAUGUCCUAACGGUGGAGAAUGUGUGAACCCGGACAUGUGCCGCUGUCCUGAAGGUUACAUCCCACCCAGAUGUGAAGAUACGAACGAGUGCUUGGUAGACAAUGGAGGCUGUGAGAAAGAGUGUGUGAACACCAAAGGUUCAUUUUACUGUUCCUGCUGGGAAGGCUAUGGUAUGAACCCCGCUGCAGAUAUUUGUGAACCUAUCUGUUUUCACUCGCAACCUGGGACUUGCAAUGGCGGGGGGAAGUGUACAGCCCCUGACACAUGCACUUGCACGGAUGGAUAUGGAGGAGAUGAAUGCAAAGCUGUAUGUAACUUCGGUUUGCCGGGAGUGUGCCCUAACGACGGAAUCUGUUCAGCUCCAAACGUGUGUGAGUGCAAGGAGGGAUACCAGGCCGAACUCUGUCAAGACAUUGACGAGUGUGCGGAUGGCGCGGGUGGUUGUUCCUCAGGAUGUAUUAACCUUCCGGGACAGUAUUACUGUGAGGGGUCUCAGCCCGGAUAUGGCCGACUGCCCGGACAAGAAGUGGAGACACCCAUCUGUCAUGGAGCUCUGCCUGGAAAAUGCCCGAGCGGAGGGACGUGUGCGGCCCCCGAUGUUUGCUCCUGUGCAUCGGGAUAUGACGGUCCAGAAUGCAAAGAUGUUGACGAAUGCACUUCUGGGGCAGCCAACUGUCAAAGAGGUUGCACUAACUUGAUAGGAAGCUACUACUGUCAAGGGGUGCCUGGAUAUGGGAAAGCACCCGGUGAUACUGUUUUCAAACCGCUGUGCAUCAACAACUUACCCGGUCUUUGCGCAAACGGCGGGACAUGUGUCAGCCCAGGGAUAUGCACAUGCGCACAAGGAUUCCUGCCUCCAGACUGUAUAGAAAAAGAGAAUGCCUGUGCUGCAUGCCAUUCAACAACGUGUUUUAACUUUGUGGGACCGGUAGGGUGCAGAUGCACCGAUAACUUUGAACAAGUCACUGAAGGAAUGUGUGCCAAUCGACGGUCAUGUUCCUGCGCUAUCAAGACAGACUGUGUAUCGCCAACACUCUGUAGCUGCGCACCCGGUUACGAAGGUGUUGAUUGCACAGAUAUUGACGAGUGUCAGACUAACAAUGGUGAUUGCCCAACGGGCUGCGUUAACAUACCUGGAAGUUACUACUGUCAGGCGGAGAGACCUGGAUAUGGGAUGUUACCUGGGCAAAAUGAAUCCAAACCCGUGUGCUUCAAAACAGCCCCUGGGUUCUGUCCCAACGGUGGGGAGUGCACUGAGCCAGACGUAUGCACCUGUCCCAAGGGAUACCAAGUACCAGACUGCUCAGAUGAAGACGAAUGUGUGUCAAACACACACAUGUGUCAAUCAGGCUGUAAAAACGUCAUCGGCUCCUACAGGUGUGACUGUCCAGAGGAUUACAGUUGGGAUGAUGAGGAUAAAACCUGUAAAGGCUUCUGUCAGCAGGAUUACAGCUGCGAUGAUGAGGAGAAAACGUGUCAAGCGUCGUGCUUCGGUCAACCGCCGGGCACCUGUGCCCACGGGGGAACGUGCCUGAGACCUUGGGUGUGUGAGUGUAAACCAGGCUUUGCCACACCAGACUGUUCAGAUAUCGACGAAUGUGCCGUUAAUAAUGGUAACUGUGAUCAGACAUGUUGGAACACGAUCGGAGGAUAUCACUGCGAGUGCCUCAGUGACCAUGGGUGGCACGUGACAUCCGGGUCAUGUAAACCUAUUUGUAUGGACAACCCGGCAGGAGAAUGUCCAAAUGGUGGAGAGUGUAUAUCUCCAGACACUUGUAAAUGUAAGGAAGGUUACCGUCGACCGGACUGCACAGAUAUCGACGAAUGCGCAGCUGACCCUGAUAUAUGUGAGAUCGAAUGUAAGAAUAUCAAAGGGUCUUACUACUGCACAGACGGAAAUGGCUAUGGGGUAGUGCAAGGGACCGGCGAGAAAAUAAGUCUUUGCUAUUUGCUCCCACCGGGUAUUUGUCCCAAUGACGGCACCUGCAUUGAGCCGGAAAAGUGUGAGUGUAAGCAUGGCUUCAUGCCUCCAGACUGCCAAGAUAAGAACGAGUGUAUAGAGGAUAACGGAGGGUGUGAAGAGGCAUGUCAUAACACUAAGGGAUCAUUCUACUGUGAAUGUAGACGAGGUUUUGGGUGGAGCGAGAAGGAAAUGGCCUGCAAACAUGUAGACGAAUGCGCUGUGAACAACGGUGGGUGUGAGCGAGCCUGCACCAAUCUGCUGGGCUCCUAUCAGUGUUCUUGUAUCAAAGGCUAUCAGUAUGACGAUACAACCAAGACGUGCCGAGGUAUUUGUGGAAAUAACCAUCCAGGAACCUGUCCCAAUGGCGGCACAUGUGUUGCUCCGGAGCAAUGUCAUUGUUUACCUGGGUUUGAUCCAGACACAUCCUGUUCAGAUAUCGAUGAAUGUAAGGAAGCAGAUAAGUGCACAUCAGGCGCAUGCGUGAACAUCAUGGGGUCUUACUACUGUGAAUGUGAACAGGCUGGAUUUGGGAAAGGACCAACUGACACUCGAUGUAAACCCUUGUGCUUAUCCAGCUCCCCGGGCCAGUGCCCUAAUGGAGGCACCUGUGACUCUCCCGGGACAUGUAGCUGUGCUGAGGGUUACGAGGGAGCUGAAUGUUCAGAUGUUAAUGAAUGCCUGUCAGCGAACGAUUGUCCUGGAGCUUGUAUCAAUGAGAAUGGUGGGUACAGUUGUGACUGCUUGUUCGGAUACAGCUGGGAUGAAGACAAGCACGAGUGCAAAGAUGUGGACGAGUGUGCUAGCGGAAGCAUUUCCUGUGAUCUCGGGUGUGUGAACAUUGCCGGCUCCUACUACUGUAAGAGUGACAAACCUGGAUAUGGCCAAGGACCAGGAGACAAAUACAUGAAACCGGUAUGUAAUGGUCUGAAGCCCGGCACCUGUUCUCACGGAGGCAUCUGUUUCUCCCCGAACACUUGUUCCUGUCCCUCGGGAUUCCAGUUCAUCGACUCGGAUUGCCAGGAUAUUGACGAAUGUGCCAUCUCAAAUGGUGGCUGUGCUCAAUACUGUGAAAACCUGGUGGGAUCGUUUAAGUGCGAUUGUGAACUGGGUUAUGGUUGGGAUGAUAAGCUGAAAAAGUGUGUAGCUGUCUGUGAUGGUCUUUCCCCCGGGGAAUGCCCUGACGGAGGUACUUGUGUUAGACCGGGGGUUUGUCGCUGUGAGAAGGGAUUCCAGGAACCAGAUUGUUCAGAUAUUAACGAGUGCGAGACGAAUACAUUAGAUCCUGACUGUGUACGAUGUGUAAACACAGAUGGGGCUUACCAUUGUGAAUGCGAGGCCGGGUAUGCCUGGAACGCUGCAAAAGAUGCUUGUCAAGCGUCUUGUUACGAUUCGCCAGCGGGAGAGUGCCCUAACGGCGGUACCUGUGUGGAACCUUUUGUCUGCUCCUGUCCCGAAGGCUACAGUGAACCUAUCUGUGAAGAUAUAAACGAGUGUGCUGAGGAGAAUGGUGGCUGCUCUCAACUGUGUGAGAACAAACCUGGUUCCUUCGCCUGUAAGUGCAACACUGGAUACUCACUGAUGGAGGACCUCAGCCGAUGCGCAGACACUGAUGAGUGCGAGAUGAACAAUGGGGACUGUCCACAGAAGUGUGUGAACAUGGAGGGGACAUACAGCUGUACUUGUGGGGAAGGCUACCAGCUUUCCAAGGCUGGGGUUGGGUGUGAGGAUGUGGAUGAGUGCGCUUCGUCUAAUGGCGGAUGCACCGAGGCUUGUGUGAACACGAUGGGGUCAUUCAACUGUGAGUGCGGGGGUGAGAGAGGUGUGGGACCGGAUGGCAAGUCUUGUGCAGCUAUAUGCUACCAUUACGACCCGGGUACCUGUGGACCAGGCGGAAUUUGUAUAAAUACUGACCAGUGUUUGUGCUCUGAGGGUUACAGUAUGCCCUACUGCACAGACAUAGAUGAGUGUGUUGAUACAGACCCCGGAUGUUCUGACAAAUGUAAGAACACAGACGGUUCGUUCAUGUGCACGUGUCAGGAGGGAUACUUGCUGACGGAGGAUCACAAGACAUGUACCGACAUCGACGAGUGUUCUCUGUCAGAGAGGCUGUGUACACAUAUCUGUGUCAAUGUGGAAAGUUCCUACAUAUGUCUGUGUCCUAAGGGUUACUAUCUGGAUGACGACGGUCACACUUGUCUUGGUGAGGACGCCUGUGACACGGACAAUGGCGGUUGUACAUUUCGCUGUGAGAACACCCAGUCUGGACCCCAGUGUGUGUGUUUUAAGGGGUAUCAACUGGCAGGACACGAUAACUGUAUUGACGAGGACGAAUGUGAGAUGGACACAGCCGGGUGUUCUGACCGCUGUCAAAACACCCAGGGUUCGUGGCGAUGUGAAUGCGAGCCCGGCAAGAGGUUAACAGCCGACGGAAGGACUUGUGAAAGGUGCUCAGGGGACAGUGAAUUGGACUGUUUGCCUCUAUGUGUGGAGAGGGAGUCCAAAUGCCUUUGUCCAGAUGGAUAUUAUCCUCAUAGCGAUGGCGUGCACUGUAUAGGUGGCUGUCCGUGUCAGAAUGGAGGCUACUGUGUAACUGAACUGCCUAUGUACGAGUGCGAUUGUUCGGGAACUGGUUACAAGGGAGACCUGUGCACUGUACCUACCGUGGACAUCCCUUCUACUGUGAGCGUAAGAUACCCCGGAGGUAGUGUUAAGAUACACGUCACUGUCAGACCCAAGAUCGCCAUCAUUAUCAAGGCGCAUCACGGCAAAGACCUUGUAAUUACAACCAAUCCAAUUGUUAUUAAAACCCCAGCUAUUCGCGGAUAUUUCAUUCUGUCCACGAAUGCAAGUGGAAUCUUUCGACUGGAAUACGGAUUAGCGGGUGUUGACGAAAAUCGGUUUGAUCGGCCUUCAGGCACCGACGUCAUCUCCGGUGACGUGUUUCAACGUCAUCAACUGCAUAACCGAGUUUUACCAACCGGGUGUUUUAAACUCACAUUCGACCACCAUGUUACCAAAUCGGUGAAUGGCAAACGGAAAGGAGACCGCUUUCAGUAUAAAAUCGAAUUCCUGUCCACGUCAUCUUGGUAUCGGCUGAAGAAUAGAACCGAUGUGUUUUUCACAUUUGGAGUUGUUCAUUCGACCGGUCUGGGCAGAAUGGAGCUUCCGCUAUAUGACGAAGGCAUUGAGCUGACUGUAAGACCAGAUAUACUAUAUUUCGGACCGAUCAGCCCAUACAGACAGACGAGCCAGGGAGAAAAGACGGGCGAGUUGACCAGACCCACAUGUCAGGAAAUAGAACUUCUGCCAGAGGACAGACGGCUGUUCAAAAGCGCUAAAAGCCUGUUUAACUCCCUGUUUAAAAGCAUAAAGCAUCUGCUGCCAGCCACUCUGAGUCUAGAAAUCGGUGAACACAAACUGGAGCAUAUGAAAACGUACCUUGUUCAAAUUCUCACUGGAUAUCAGAUAAGAAACCUUCCCUCGUGUGAGUUGGCUCGUGUAAUUGACGGAGUGCUCUAUUACGUGUUUCGGUUCACUCACGGGAUAAGGCUGACUGUCAACGGCCAAACGGUAGAUCUAGAUGGAACCACUUUGCCCUCGGAGUUUUGUCUGAUCGUCACAAGUCCUACUGAUGUUCGUGAAGCCGUGCAUCUCAUAUUCCCAGACGAAGCCAAGCAGAAGUUAGAGGAAAUCGUGACGAUCAAGUCUAUACAGGAGAUGACUGGCUCGCUAAUUGGCUGGAAGGGGUUCUCCGUAUCCCCUUACGGCCACAUCUCACGAGAAGACACGGGGGCUCGCCUGUGGAACGGCCACGGAAACGUCCUCCAAGGGUAUGUAUCAUGGUGUCGAUCUGUCGUCCCAUAA